AUGGUAGAAGCUUCGGUCGAAGGCAUUGAAGAGAAGCCCGGAAGAUCGGGGCUGCGCACGUUGCUCAUGGCUUGGUUGAACGAAAAAGAAGAAGAUCGAUUCGAAAAAGCGCCCAAGUUUUCCGAUUUUAUUCAGAUUUCAUUCAAAUAUUGCUGCUCCUCAUGUGAGGUGUCCACAAAAAAUGAUUUUGAACAAAAUUCUUCAAUUUUGCAGACAUUUAUAAAAAUGGAGACGGAGUUUUGGCGAAUAAUGACCGGUUUUUUGGAGUUUAUAGAAGAUCGUAUAUGGGUACGAACGACUAUGCUUAUCGUGGAACGCGGGAUCGGCAAGAAUCACGACGGCUGCUGCUCAAGUGGUUCGAUCGGAAUUGCGAUAUGUUCGAAGAAUCCAAAGCGACUGAUGGCUACAUUUUGAUUGAAUUCGUCAACGUUUCGCAAUGCUCACUGAGCAACUGUCAGUUUUUGCAAAAAGUUCAAAAUUAAACGCAUUGUUCAUGAUUUUCGUCACCGUGGCAGAAGAAAAUGAUCAUAUUCAUUUGCAGUUGUGAAAAAUUUCGAACGAGACUCCAAUUGCCGUUUUAUACCGAUGGAGCUUAGGGAGGAGGAUACGAACGAAAGCGUGCUGAUCGGAUGGAUUCGAGUGCAGAAAGACAAUAUUUGGCCGGUGAACAACGAUCGAGUCGGACUGUUGGCAGGAGGAGAUGAGCUGGCAUUUAUUGUGCGCGCCAAGAAAAAUGAGAAAAAUUCGAAGCUGUUCAAGGAUUUCUUCGCGACGGAUCUCAUCGAGUUUAUGCGCAAGCCACUAUCGGAUCGUAUUCAGCUAGUGAAAUCAUUUGCGAAUGAACAUCAAAUCGACAGCAAAGCAAUUUCAUGCUCCACAAGUACUUAUUCUCUGCUAUCAGGCUACUCGCCCGCUCGGGUCUCGACACAAGGAGCCGCAUAAAUCUACAUAAUUUCAAUGAAUUUUAUUCGUUUUUUAAGUGCAUUCGAAUGUCUGUUGAAAUGCUUUUUAUUGGGAUUUUCAUGUUUUUCAAGGCAAUUCCGUCCAAUUUAACACCUUGGUCCGGAAAAUGUAGAUUUACGCGUCGCUUUCGCGUCGAGACCCGCGCGGCUGACCGCAUAUUAUAGGGGCACCGGACAGAAAGGGCGCGCUGUUCGCAAUCUGGCCGAAUUUCUAGGCCGCGAAGUAAUUUUCCACUGAAAAUGUGGCCUAACUUUUCAAACUCGGUCCCGAGGUCGCUCAAUUUGCACUGCAAAAAGAGUUUCUCAACAGAGCGCCAUUUCUGUGCGGUGCCCCUAUAAUAUAUAUAUAUUGUUUGCAACGUUUGGUAUCAAUAAUAACACCUUUUUGCAGAGCUCAAUUCUCGUCUUAUCAUUCUUUUUUUUAAAGGACUACCCCAACCCGAAACGAGUGACAGGAACCUGGAAAUGAAAAUAGCGGUUUGGUACCUGACGUUCAAGAAUAGGCCCGAAUUGCUCGACGAUUGCCGCUUUGAGGGCAUGUAUCGCGCACUGAGCAGUAAAAAGAAGAAAGAUCUCGAAGCGCAUUUUAAUUUUGAAAAGCCGACGAAACAUCAGAUUGAAGAGUUCGCGGCGACCACCACUCACUCUGUCGAAUUGCUCACUCGAUUCUACGAUCGAAUUGUAAGAUUCUUACAGAAAACGGUUUUGAAAAUUGCAUUUUUAGGAGAGAAAUCGUGCCGUCAUGAAGGCGAGUGCGAUUGCUGCCGGACAUCAAUUCGAUGCGGAAAGCGAUCGGGAUUCGGUGACGGCGUCGCCAAAACGGAAAAUUGCGAGGAGAUGA